AUGGAGCGGAACAGGUGGUGGUUGGACAGUGAGAUUUUUAUUGUGAAUAUGGAGGACUAUGUAUUUCCAGGUCGGGGCGAAUCCUUGACUGGGUUGUGGAGCUAUGCAGAACUUAGAGUGAGGCUCAAGGCUCAUGAAGCUGUUUACAAUCACAUUCUUGCCACAAUAUUGGGGGAUUAUGCAUCUGCCAUAAGUGCUCUUUAUGAAGAUUUUUUGCCUGUACCUAGAGCUUCUUGUUAUUACCCUUCAGGCAUAUAUGUUGGGGUGGCCAAGGACCUUAAUGCUAUGGUUACAGCUUUCAGAGUUGGUGAUUACUUCUAUUUAUGUCUACAACAUACAAAAUUGGAUUCAAGAUCUCCACCGGAAAUAGCUCGACAUAAACUACCCUGGCAUGCCUGUAUGACAAUUCGACCUGGUAUUUUGGAUGCUAUCAUAAGAGCCGAUGAUUUAUAUGGAGACAACAACGUCAUGGUGACAGGGCAUUCUACGGGAGGGGCUAUGGCAUCCUUUUCCGGACUUGAUCUUGUAGUCAAUCAUGAAGCACGAAAUGUUCAGGUUUUAACAUUUGGACAACCUCGUAUUGGCAAUGCAGCAUUUGUGUCUUACUACAGUGACCGCGUGCCAAAUUCAAUACGUAUUACUAGUGGACAUGAUAUUGUGCCUCAUUUGCCUCCGUACAAUUCUCGGUUCCCACAGAAGACCUACCAUCACUUCCCUAGAGAGGUAUGGCUGUACAAUAUAGGAUUUGGUAGUCUGGUUUAUCAGGUUGAGAGGGUUUGUGAUAGCUCUGGCGAAGAUCCAUCAUGCAGCAGAUCGGUAACUGGCAACAGCAUCGCGGACCAUGUAGUCUACUAUGGUGUGGGAUUAAUGGCUGAAACAUGGAGAUCGUGCAAAAUCGUCACGGACCCACGAUUGAAGGAAUAUGGAGGUGAAGAUGUCAAUGGAAAUCUAAUGCUUUCCAGGAAUCCUUCUGCUGCUGCAUUGAGGCUGCCUUCAGACUCCGAUGCCAACAGCAACUUCAGUUAAAAUGCUCCUGGGUCCGCACCUGGUUUCUCAAAGAUCAUCAGGGACCUCUGUGAUGACGGCCGUGAAAUGCAUUCAAUCGAUCUGUUGUCCAUAUCCAUCACAAGAUGCAUAAGAGCUCUCUACUCAAAUUCACUCUGAAUGUAAAUAGCGCAAAGUUGAACGAGUCGUACUUGUAAAUACAACUUCAUGAUUUCUGUUGAA